AUGGAGGCCGGCGCCCCCGACGCCGCCCGCCGCCGCUUCAAGACGCAGCGCGGCAGCAAGCCGGGCCGCGGCGUGUGGAUUGCGGCCAUGGCGCUGGUGCUUGCUGCCGCGCACGUGCUGAAGUCUUCGGGCGCUGGCUGGUCUGGCGUGGUGGGCUCAGCCGCCCAGCAGGUGCACCUCGCCGCCGCCUCGCUGGUCGGCCACGCGGCGGCCAGUGGCGGCAGCAUUGCCGGCGGUGCCGGCGGCGAGGGCGGCGGCGCCGGCGGCAAGGGCGAUGGCGGCGGCGGCGAGGGUGGCGGCGACCCCGAGCUGCCGUGCCGGGAGAGCGGCUACUGCAGCGUGGGCAAGCUGCAGGCGUAUGUGGGGGAGGUGGACAGCACGGAGGGCUUCAAGGCCAUGCUGAACGCCAGCUGCUACAAGAAGGAGUGCAUCAUGCUGACCAUCGGCACGAGCGCGCACCUGCUGGGCGUGAACUUUGUUGCUGGCGCCUGGAAGCUGGGCCUUGCCAAUGUGAUGCUGUACGCUCGCAGCAACGAGUCGUGCGCCGUGCUGGCGGCCGCGGGAUACCACAACAUCACCUGUGUGUGGUCUGAGCGGCCCUGGUUCCGCACCCAGGGCGAGGGCUGGAGCAUCGGCGAGCCACUCGACAUGUGGGCUGUGCGCUACAUCCUCAUGGCCCGGGCCGUCUGGCACGGCUACAACGUGUGGCUGCUGGACAGCGACAGCUACCUGUACCAGGAUCCGUACAAGUAUCUGACGGUACCGCCCCUCAGCAACAUCACCUGGAUGUCGCUGCAAGACGGCGGCGCCACCGUCAACGGCGGCGCCUCCUACAUCCACAACGCCGCCCCUGGUGGUCCCGCCGCCUGGACGAUCGCCGCCGUGGCCGAGCGCCUGAUCCGCGUGAAUGAGCAGUGGGAGGCACUGGUGGAGCUCAACAAGCUGCCCGACAAGCACAACCUGGGGCACAACAUGAUGGACCAGGCGCGCGGGGAGCUGCCAGCAGGGACGGCGGCGGACAUGCAGGGAGCUGCUUGCAGGGACAGGGGACGGGCACAACGGCAGCUUGCAGCCCUGCUCGACGCCUUCCCUCUCCCGCUCCAGCCAUAUGCCCCCCCCCCCGCCACAAAAGGCUCGGCGGAGAAGCCCUCAGGUGGAACUCUUGCAGGUGCCCACCACUCGGCCACGCUGAUGAAGGACCCGCACAGCCUGCUGCACUACCACGACCCGGGGGUGCUGCUGCGGUACCCGCCGGCCUGGCACAACCUCACCAACGCCACCGAGGGCAAGAUGAUGGGCUUCGACCUCACGGUACCGUACCUCAACGGCACGUGGGAUGAGAGCAUCGCCGGCAAGCGCUUCCCGCCUCGCCUCAACUACUCAGAGGCUUUCAUCAAGAUGAUCGAGGAGGAAAGCGGGAUCAAGUAUCCAGACACCGACGGGGCCCCACCUGCUGACUACGUGCCUCUCAAUGAGACCUUCAUCUUCACCCCAGACUGGUUCCUAGCGUCCUGGCUCAACCGCGGCCUGACCGGGUGGUUUGACCUGCGGCCGCCCCCGCAAGUCAUGGUGCACAUGCUCUUCAUCCCAGGGCCCCACGACUCCUGGAAGAAAGAAUACGUCAUGAAGGCCGCCGGCGCCUUCCACUUUGAGGUGGCGCAGGCCCUGCGCGGCCAGCUGUUCCCGGCUGCCACGCCCGAGGCGCCGCUGCCGCGCGUGCUGGCCCUGCUGCCCGGCGUCAGGCUUCCCAGUGAAACGGCGCUUGAGUACAGGGACGAGCUCCUGCAGCUGGUGCGGCUGGCGGGCCGCCUGGGGCGCGUGCUGUUGCUGCCAGACCCCGUCUGCAAUGCGACCUGGCUGGGUUUUGGCGAGCAGCAGGAGCGGGCGCCGCCGGGCCACCGCAAGAGCUUUUUGGACAUAGAAGCGCUGCUCAUUUACGGGCUGGAUGAUGACCAGCGCUGCACCUGGUGGCGCGCGGUCGACCCCGAUUGCAUGGCGGGCAGGUACAUUGUUCACUUGGAUUAUCUGGAGCUGGUGCGGCGCCUGCCAGAGGGCACCGGCCAGCCCAGUGGCGACAACACGGUGCAGCUGGGGGGCCUGGAGCGGGCGCAGGAGCAGGGGGGGGUGGAUGCGGCAGAGACGAAGGCAGAGGAAGGAGGCGGCGAGAAGCAGGCGCAGGGGCGGAGCCCAGCGGGCGCCCCGAAGCGCCGCAGGCGCAAGCUUGCAGAGGACAGCGCCCCCAAGGAGCAGCAGCAGCAGCAGGCGCCCAAGGGCGCCAGCCUGGCGGCGACGGCGGAGGCGGCCAAGCAGAAGGAUGGCCCGCACAUCCUCUUCCUGGAUGCCAUCCCCGACCUCACGCCCGGCUCGUGGCCGGAGGAGGACGAGGCAGACAAGGGGUGGAAGGAAUGGAUUGCUAAAUGCAAGUGGGGGCAUGAAGACCCGCCAAUAAAGCAGCAGCAGGCCCGCCGCCGUCUGGGCGAGCGGGGGUGGCACCAGCAGCACUGGGAGGAAGCCCUGCUGCACGCCAGCCAGCGGCAUGUGCAUGAGUUAAAUCGCAGUCUGAAUGUGAACAAUACUGCUGCACUGCCAGUUGCAUUGGUGCCACAAGGUAGCUGGGUCAGUUCUAUACCUCGCCAGGCGGCCGAUCCAGGCGGCCGGGGCAAGCCCCGAACGGCCUUGCCAAUCCAGUGGAUGACAGUGAAUCCAGGAGGGCCCUCGUGA